CUGGCAUGCAAACCCAGCCGGGGGGCUGGUGAUCUCUGCCCACUGCUGGCUGCCCCGCAUGCCACCAGGCCUUGCCCGAGGGUGGCCCCCGGCUCAGAGGGCCGGGCAUGAACCAUGCGCACCAACCAAGUCAUCAAGUACACCUUGUUUGCCUCCUGCUACCUCUUCUGGGUGGCUGGUGGGCUGAUGGUAGCCGUCGGGAUCUACGCCAGGCUUUCCAAGGAAGGGGGUGCUGUGGACUCCCUGCUGGCAGACCCCUCCGUCGUCCUGUUGGCGGUGGGCGUCCUGGUGUUCAGCGUCACCUUCGUCGGCUGCCUGGGGGCCUUGCGUGACAUCACGCUGCUUCUGAAGGUGUUUGCCUGGCUCCUGCUGGUCAUCUUUGUCCUUCAGGUGGUGGCCGCCGUUCUGGGCUUCCUCUUCUCUGGCAUGGUGAUGGAGAAAGCCACCCUGCUGAUGGGACGAGCCAUCUCCCGUUACCGCGACAACCUGGACCUUCAGAACCUCAUCGACUACAUCCAAAAGAAGUUCGAGUGCUGCGGGGUCCACUCCUACAAAGACUGGUCCCAGAACGUUUACUUCGACUGCCGGGAUUCGAACCCCAGCCUGGAGCGCUGCGCCGUCCCGUUCUCUUGCUGUGUGCAAGGCAAAGAGGCCGUUCUGAACACGAUGUGCGGCUAUGGGACGCAGAAGCUGAAGCCAUGGAAGGCCGAGUUUUUGGUGCACACUGAGGGGUGUUUGGAGAAGACGGUCCGCUGGGGGCGCAGCAACCUCUUCUUGGUGGCCGGGCUGGCCUUUGGACUGCUGGUCCUGGAGGCGGUCGUCUUCUUUCUCGCCGUCAUUCUCAUCUACCAGAUCGACUUCAUCAUUGAGAAACGGAAGAGCGUCAGGAGGAGGAGGAGCAAAAGCUGUCCAGCGAAGUGAAAAUCUUGCAAGACCGUUUUGCCGCUUCUCCCUCCCCAAAAAGCGGACCCCUUUUUUUGGCAGCAAAAACAGGGCAUUGGAAAAGGGGGGCAGGCCUGGCGCCACGUUUAAUCUUCCCACAGGCUUUGCACGAACCAAUAUUGG